AUGCAGCUGCGACUUACUCGCGGACCAUCACAUUCAUAUACAAAGUGUACUGCGAAUUUGUUGCUAGACCCCGUCCAAAACACAGAUGAUCUUUUACUUUUUUAUCGCUCUGCCCCCUCCCAUGCCGUAAUAUUUUUCGCUCCUAGAUACCACGAGCUCAUUCGUAGAAGCCAUCUUAGCCUUCAGCGCAUCAUACAUGACGAUAACUCUAGCGUCGCGCUUUGCACCUUUGUGAGCCAGCUGUCUACUGCGCUCUCAGCAGCACACCUACAGUGUAUGUUUACAUAUAUCAUGACUAGUCUUCUAAGACGUAUGUAUUCUAAUGUUCUUUCUGCACUAGCAUUUAGAGACGAUACGUAUGUUUUCUAUCAUAAAUCACAUCCAAAAUCUAUCAAUUUCACUGCACCUUCGUCAUCGCGGGGUGAUUCGUUACCUUUGAAGAAGAGAACCGGGGAUAACCGUCUUCUACACACAGAGCCCUGGCCUCUCACCCCCAUGCUUCGAAGACCUAGCAGCUAUGCCCUUUUUAGAUCCUUUGAUGAUUCGUGCAUACACAUGUGUCUAACUCUUCAGCCACGAUACGCUAUUACAGAUUUACAAUCAUUCAUACAGUAUGGCUCAAAGGUUCUUCCCAGGCGCACUCAAUCUUGGGACCAGAUUGUCAAUGUUCCUCCCACAACUGAUGGAACCGAACGGGUUCCGGCUAUUGCAUCUGCCAUAAAGUGGAGGACUCGCAAUCUGCUUAGACAAAAAACUCCUAGUGUGAAAGGGCACAACCCAUUCUCAAGGCUAGGAGCUACCCUCAAUUCGCCAUAUUUGCUCACUAAGUGUUCAAGAGAUGUGAUUCAGAGAAGUGAGUCUAUACUAAAGACAUCUCCUCCCAAGACAUCAAGAGCUACCUCCAGAAUGGAUGACCCCGUUUUAAACAAACAUUCAAAGAAUGAGCCUCUCCAUUCAGAACUGGCGCUGCUCAAAGAGCUAGACCCGCCACUCACCAACAGCUCUCCAGUGCUUAUGCAGACCACAGAGAAGUUUGUGUCAACACUAAGUAGCACCAGCCUUUUCGAUGAUCAGUCCCUGGUUAGUGGUGGUUGCGAGUGUGGACAGAAUGAGCUAUUCUCUAAACUUGUCUGCCAAAACUAUGAAAGCCUUCCACCUUCUCAAGCUAUUGGGCAACAAGAUAUCAACGAAUUCCAAUUGUCAGCUCAUCGAAGCAAUGACAUGAGCAACCUUUCAAAUGGAAAUAGUGGAUUGAUUCUGAGCCCGACAGUUUCUAGUGAUGCAUGCUUAGAGGAACAGCUCGUGCUACAAGGUUCUACUACUACCAUGACCUCGGACCACUCAUGUCAACUGGAUCAUAGCUUAUCAUCUGCCCAUCAAGAAUCCUAUACUGCACCAUUGGUGACUCCCUAUGAACAACAUCAGUUCCCAAACGACAUGGACAUUUACGACCUAGAUGUAGUUUCGUGCUCAACAGAGAUGGCACCGGUAGCAUUUGCUACUCCAUUGAAAGGAGCUAACAACGAGAGCACAGAGACUAGGCCGGCCACUCAAUGCUUACGUACUUUUCAGGUUCAAUUAGAAGCAGAUCCAAUGAAGGUACAACAAAAACAGCCUGCGAUUAAAUUCAGCAUGAGAACGUCGCAAGUUGUUGAUCAGUCUAACGUUGACCACUGUCCAAAGGUAACUACAUCACCAGUACACAUAGAGGCUCCUCUCAGCGGUACCUCAAUGAUAAGGAAAAAAGCAUAUGCAAUUGUAGGAGACAGAAUCGCACAUUCCCUUAAUCAAGGAGCAAUCCCCGCUAUGUCACGUGAUAGUCUUGCUUCUUUAUAUGCACUAACAAAUAGCUCUUCCAGCGACAAAGCCAGCGCCGGUAUCUUUGAUAGAAUAAGAUUGAAACUAAACGCCAGGCGCACCGGGAUAACUAAGAACCUCGUCUCGCCUGGUCCCACAUCCUUCAGCUCCUCCUACGUAAAUUCUGAGAGUCUAACAUGUGUGUCACUAGGGGGCAGUGGGCACACAUAUCUAAUGAGCAUGCUGCUUCUUCAGCAAUCACGGAGAUCUGCAAAUAAGAAACGUGCAUCUUACGGUAGUAGCACUUUACUCGCGCCUUCGUCAUCUAGAGCUGAGAUGGGCUGGAGGCCUACAACAGCCAUAGCUAAUGAAGGCAAGAUUGAUGACCAUAACAAUAAUCCUAAGAAUAGAGUUACCUCCCAGACAGUGCCAAAGAAAAGAAUGCGGUGUCGGCAUCUCGAUGAUCCUAUAACUUCAAGAGACAAGGGCUCCGCAAGAUGUAAGACCAUUUUAAAUUUAGAGAUACCUCUGUCACAGAAGUAA